AUGACGGAUAACCUUAAUAUGUUGGAUGCCUCUGACAUGCUGGCUGCAGCACUGGAGCAGAUGGAUGGAAUCCUGGCAGGGUUACCUGAUACAUAUACCAACACCUGGCAAGGUGAUAACUCAAGCACAGGAAUUUGGAAUAGUUGUAAAAUUGGGACUCAACAAGUUAACAUAUACAAAAUGUCUGAUUCUGAUAUUGAGGAAGUCUAUAGAGAGAAUAGUGAACUGUAUGAUGAUAAUGGCUCUAUAAGUGAUCUACUUGAAGAUGAACCAUCAGAUAAUAGUACGAGGAUUAAAGACAGCCAUCAUGACAGCAAUGUUAUUGAAGGUGAACAUGAAGAUAGAGGUAAUGACAUUAUAAAGGAGGUGAGAUUCUCUGAGAUUAAUGACUCAAUUGUUGUUCAAGAUGAACAUAUAGAGAAUUUAGUAAAGGAUAUAAGCACUGAUGACUCAAGUUUUAGUGAUGUAUAUGCACAUCAAUAUGAAGAACCCAAUGAUGGUGACAGCAUUAAGGAUGAGAGGAUUAAUGAAAAUAUAAAUGUUAUUGAAGAACAAAUGGAAAUUGGAACAACAUGUAGUGAAACCACCAACGUUUAUGAUGUGCUCCUUAUGGAGAAAAGCAGUGCAAAAGUUAAUGCUACCAAUACCAGAAAUGAUGGUCUGCAUCUGAAAACUGAAGAAAACAAUGAUAAAGGUGCUUUUGAAAAUGACUCAGAUACUAAAUAUGAAGAUGUACCUUUGAAUAGUGAAGUCAUCCCUAAAGCAACAUCUUUUGAUGAUAGUGAUAACAUUACUUUAGACAGUGAUGUAGUAAAAACUAACUUAGAAGGUGACAUUGAGCAUCAUGUUACUGGGCCCCAGAAGGAUGGUGCUGAUAAUAUUAAGGAUGAUGAGCAUGCUAUUGGUACAAAUGAGGAUGGUACAGUUGAUAUUGAAAAUAAUAAUACAGAACCAUUUGAAGAUUGCCCUCUGGAUUAUUAUACCAUUAGUAUAAAAGAAGAUAAUAUCUCUGAUGACGCAACAACAGAUGAAUCCAUUGAAGAUAGGCCUAUAGAUUAUUCUACUACUAGUGCCCAGAAGGACAAUACGUAUGUGGCUGAGAUAUUUGAAUCUCCUGAAGUUGGCAGUCCCAAUGAUUUGAAGGAUAAUAAACAUGUCCUUGAGGUAAAUGAUGUAAAGGUUUGUGAAGAUAAUAUUGCAGGUACAAGCGAGAUGAAAAUAUCUGGUAAUGACACCGAUAACUUAGAACUACAAUAUGGCCCUCCAAUGAAUGACAAAGAUGCUACCACAAGAGAGGACAAUGAAACCACAUUAGACAAUAACUAUACUGGUAAACUAGAACAUAUAAAGCUGUACAAAUCUAUGGAAGACUAUGCUGCAAGAGUAAAUGCAAAGGAUAUAUUUGUUGGUGAUAUUGAUGGUAUCAUGGAUGCAUCUGACGAUGACUCUACAGGAAGUAGUACUGCCACAAUAAGCAGCAGUAGUGGCAGUUUAGAAAUUGACAAUUCGGGGAUCAUUGAACUGCACAUUUGGGAAGAAGAUCUAGAAUCUCUUACUUUGGAUUCAACAGGUGAGUGA